GCGCGCGUCAACAGAAACAGCUAGGAUGUUGCGAUAAUGCUGGCAGCCAAAGAUUGCUGUGGUUGCAGAGAUUAGACGCCUGUGUCGAAACCUCAGUUAGUUAGUAACGUUUUAGCGGAUGACAGACGCAGCGGUUACACAUUUGCACCAGAGACGCAUACUCGUCACCGUUCAACUCGACGCUUAUCGGGGGCUGCUUCGCGCUAAAGGCGUCAGCGAGCGGAAACCAUAUAGUUUUAUAUAUUUAUAUAUAAAAGGAAGCAAUUAAAUAGCAGCGCGGACAGUUAGCAAUGAGGCAACAAACCCUCGCUGCACUUUCCUGAAGGAUGGGAACAGCUUUUCAGGUCGCGCUGUCGCAGUUACCCGGAGGAUACAUCUCGUUUGAAGACAUUUUCUUCAGAGUAUAACCUGGAUAACCUUACACGAAAUGUCAUAGCGCCUUAGCGGCUAGCACUGAGCUAGCUCGGUAACGGCUGGACGAGAUGGAGAUGGAGCUAUUUUUCCUCAGCAGCCGACCAUGAACAGCUGGCUUGCUGGUUAAAGGAGCACUUUUUUUCUCUCCCGGAGAUGCUUUAACCUCCUGGGCGGUUUAAUACACUUACAUAACUGCUAGCUCUAGUUAUUACCAACUGGCUUGUGUUGGCAGGCAAAUGGGAAAUUUCCCUAAAAGAAUCUCACAUCAUCACCACAAGUAAAGAAAAAAAAGGAAAAAUAGAGGUAUUAUUUGCAUAUUUUUGAGAGACCAGAAUAGACUGUGGAGAAGUUUACAUUGGGAGCGGAGGUUCUGAUAUAUCGCUGCACAUCAGAGGGCGAAGGAACAGCAUCUUCCCUGCUGCCAUUUCGACACCAUGAGGAAGUUCUUUGAUUCCCGUCGGGAGUUGGUGAGCUCUGGGCCUGGUUCUGGAGGAGGGGGCAGCAGCUCUGGGUCCAGUCACGCCGGAGGAAAUUUCAUUGGCAGAGCCUUCACGGUCGGGAGACACCAAGUCACCGUAGAGGAGAUCAUUGCUGAAGGUGGCUUUGCGAUUGUGUUCUUGGUGAAAACAAACCAGGGAGUGCGCUGUGCCCUGAAGAGGAUGUACGUCAACAAUGAGCAUGAUUUGCAGGUGUGCAAACGGGAGAUUCAGAUUAUGAAAGACCUGGUCGGCCACAAGAAUAUCGUUGGUUAUCUGGACUCCAGUGUCACAGCUAUGGGAUCCCGAGACGUCUGGGAGGUUCUCAUACUGAUGGACUACUGCAAGGGGGGGCAGGUGGUGAAUCUGAUGAAUCAGAGACUUCAGACUGGCUUCACGGAGUCCGAGGUGCUUCAGAUCUUCUGUGACACCUGUGAUGCAGUAUCUCGCCUGCAUCAACGAAAGGCACCCAUCGUCCACAGAGACCUCAAGGUGGAGAACAUCUUGUUGCAUGACAAAGGUCAUUACGUGCUGUGUGACUUUGGCAGUGCCACCAACAAGUUCCAAAACCCACAGACCGAAGGGGUGGCAGCUGUAGAGGAAGAAAUCAAAAAGUACACCACACUAUCAUAUCGAGCUCCAGAAAUGGUGAACCUCUACAACAAUAAGAUCAUAACCACAAAGGCGGAUAUCUGGGCGCUGGGCUGUUUGCUCUACAAGUUGUGCUUCUUCACCCUCCCCUUUGGUGAAAGCCAGGUGGCCAUCUGUGAUGGCAGUUUCACUAUUCCAGAUAACUCUCGCUACUCUUACGAUCUUCAUUGCCUCAUUCGGUAUAUGCUGGAGCCAGACCCUGACAAAAGACCUGAUAUUUACCAGGUGUCCUACUUUGCUUUUAAACUAGCUCAGCGAACCUGCCCUGUUCAGAAUGUGAAGAAUUCUUCAAUCCCUUCCACACUUCCUGAGCCAAUCAAAGCGAGCGAAGCUGCUGCAGCGAAGAAGAGCCAGACUAAGUCCAGACUCACAGAUCCAAUUCCCACCACUGAAACCUCCAUCACGCCUCGUCAGAGGCCCAAAGCCGUUCACACCCAGGCGGCCUCUGGGAUCCUUCCCAUUCAGCCUGCUGCUCUCACCCCUCGCAAGCGGGCUAAUCUCUCUGGGGCUGCAGCUCAGCCUGUGGGAGUCAGUUUAAACCUCUCCCGACCAGCUGCAGCUCUCCAGUCCCAGAAGGCACAGACGUCAGCUCAGCCCUUCAUUCAAACACAAACCAGCUCAAGUCAGGCUGCAGUGCUGCAGAAGCAGAGUGUUCAGCCAGCUGCAGCUGCUGGAGCAGAGACCACAGCAUCGCAAGUGGCCAGGGCAGACGCUGCAGCAGCAGCACAGCCAACAUCCGAGCAACAGGCCUCUCCGUCUGUGGUCAGCUCUGCUCCCACACAGAAAGCACUGACUCCGCCCAGCCCGGCGGCGCCUCAGCGCCCAGCUCGUCGAAAACAGCCAGCUCAGGCUCAGCAGCCAGUGGUUCCACCUUCGCCGAGCAAACCGACACCAGGGCAACCAGCAGCAGCUCAGCCGCAGGAGAAACCAGCUCCAACUGAAUCCGUUCCCACUGAGACCAGUCAAAAAACAGCUCAGACUACUCCACCUGCGACAUCUGAGGACCGAGAUGACAAACGUUUGCCGAGCGACGCAGCAGCAAAUGUUGCUGCAGCCCCAGUCAUUGACUCUACACAGCCACUGCAAGGAGCUAAUGGAGGCGAUGCAGUCAGUCAAUCACCUGCAUCUCAACAAAACACAGUUGACCCUGUUCAGCCGAGCGUUUGCGAUCCAACAAAGGACCAAAACAAAGUUACAACCCCUGGUUCUACAUCUGGUUCCAACAACAUCUCCUCAAAGCCAGCUUGGAACCCGUUUGACGACGACAGCUUCUCCAAAUUCACAGCUGAGGAAUUCAAAACUGAUGACAAAAAUACUGCAGAUAUGCCAUCAGAGACUGAGACAGCCUCCUCUGAAGAGCUGAUUCCAGGUCUGCAGACCGCCUCUUUGGAAAACACUCCUCAAGGGACUGCUGAACGACCAUCUGCUCUUCUGGAAUCAGGAGCGUCUCUUUUGGUUGUCCCAGAUCCUUUUCAUACCCUUGAACUGUCAGAUGCUCCUGAGAAGCUGAUUGAAGGACUCAAAUCUCCUGACACCUCUUCUCUAAUACUUCCUGAUCUGCUGUCAUUGUCUGAUCCGUUUGGAGGGUCUGUGGAGUCUGUCAAAGACCCUCUCACUGCAGAUGGCUCUCUCCUGGGCUGCUCUCUCAUCUCUGGUCCCCCCGCAGCACCAAGCAGUGCCACCUCCUCCGUCUCCUCUGCUCCCACCUCUGCCACCUCUGCUCUUGAUGAUUUCAGCCUGCUGUCUGGAGACUCUGUACAGCCUAAAGCGGACUCGUCUCUCCUGAUCUCAGACUUUGAAACCCAGCCGACCAGCGCAGAGGCUGCUACAGAGGAUGACUUUGAUCCCAUUCCCGUCACAGGCCGAAAAAAUUCCCAAGACCUGCAAAGGGAGCUCACCAGGAACAAACAUCACACUGCUCACAUUGAGGCUCCUGGGCUGAAGAUCCAUCAGAGCACCACUCCAUGUGCCCCUAACAAAGACAAGUUGCCGUCAGAUGAAUGUGUUGCUCAGCCCCGCCUUGCACACACUCCCUGCUCUAUCCCUCAUUUCAUACCUGUUAAAGGAGAAUCCCAGAGCCCCUCUGCAAACAGCCAGAUGAUAUCUGAUGUCUUCCAGCUGUUCCCGUUUAAAGGACAGAAAGAUGGAAAUGGGACAGCACUCAGUGGCUCCGCCCUUUCUGCUGAAGCAUCAGAUGUUUUCCUGCUGGCACCGUUUGGAAAGCGACAGGAAACCAACAAAAAUGCUCCAGAUAACACUCACAUAUCCAGGCCCGGGGCAAAGCAAGUCAAGAACAGCAACAAGUGUCUCCCCGGUGCCUUUUUGCACACAGAGGCCCCUCUGCUGCAGCAGCCCGUGGCGGUGCACCGCGUCAUCUCCAGGAUUGGUCAGCAGGCCGCUGUGGGCUCAGUGGCAGUGGGGCCACUGCAUUCCUGGACCAUAGUGGGGAAAACUGUGGAUGACCCCUUCACUGCUGCACCUUUUCAACCCAGAUACUCUCAAGGGAAACCUUAAGUUUUAUUUUCUGUUUUAAAAAAUGCCAUUUCAGAUGAAGAUGCCAAAAUAUUGUUUAGCUGCAGUAUUACCAGAAUCCCAAAUGCAGUGUCAGCAUUGUUACAAUUAAAGCUCCUACCUCACUUAUGUAAUCUGCUGUCAGUCACCAUAUGAGCAGUUUAAACGCCUAAACUCAUUCAAAAAUCCCACAAAAUUGAUCGAGAAUGCACAACCCUAACCGUUUCCUCACAAAUUUCUUAUUUUUGUAAGUCAAUGUUAUAUCUCAUGUUAUGAGUCAAGUCCUAAAAAGGUGAAAUAAACCACGAAAGACCCAAAUUAAGGAGACGUUACUGCUCUAAAGGAGUGUAGGUUGACUUAUGAACUCAGAGAUUGUGUGUUUAUUUAAGAUGUGUUCUUUCACUUUUUUAGCCAAUACUUUGGCUCAGAUUUAGAAGAAAAGAGGAUAAAUUUGUAUCGUAUCAUGCCAGAAAACAUCUGUAGCUUGGCAGUGUGAAGUUUUUGCAUGGCAGUUCAUGCUGGAAGCUUAUUUCAUUUUGUUUACAUAUCAACUACAGAUAGUGCCUUGAUUAUCAGAAUUAUGAGAUCUACCAAAUGUUCGCAGUCCUCCUCCAACAGAAUUCGCUAUCAGAGUUGGAGGCUUAUCAUUUACCCGUGAGCCAAAGAAAUUUUUCUGUUUCUAUAAGUACUUUUUUAAUCGACAUUUUCCAAAAUUCCCAGCAGCCCAGUAGAGAGCUGGAAACAGUCAGUAUUAAAUUACUUGAAGCUUAGUUUACGGGCUCCCCAUUUAAACUGACAUAAACACAGUUCAGUGUAUGUUAUUUAAAUUCUGUCUUAUCUAUAAAAACUACUUUCUUAAUGGAGUUGGUUCAUUUUUUUUUUUAGCAUUAUGUGGUUUUUAUUCUGUUUUAUUUUGGCACAAUGAAGGACUUCUUUUUUUCCCUCAGGCUUAGCAUACCUGCAUCCAUACACUGUUAUCAGCUUAAUUAAUACUGGAUAUAAACAGAUUUUACUGAUGAAGAUGCUAAUUAUUUUUCAGCUGGAUAGAAUCCAAUGUGCUUUCUACCUUCCGUUUGUUGUUUUAUUCUCCUUCAGUGGUAUCUCUGUUUUUCCUGUUAUGUAUGAAGAAUAAACUGAAUUAAAAGUGUAGACAUAUUUCUGCUUUCACUAUUCUAAACCUAUGUUUGAAAAUCAGCUUCAUGUUUUCAUAAUUUGUUCUUACCCAUCUUUGCUUUUUUAAAUUAAACUCCAGUUUUGGAUUAAGCACAGGUGACAUGUUUUGUUUAUUGGGUAAAAUGUUACAUUUCAAUGUCUGCCUUGAUAUAAUGCUAUCAACAGCUGUGGCCAAAUAUUUUUGCAGUGUUGAGAAAAAAAGUAUUUUUUUCAUGUUUUUUGUUGUACUGUAAAAUUACAAAAAAAAAAAAGUUUUUUUUGGUUUGAAAAAAAAUGUUUGCAACUGAAGCAAAUGAAUGUGAAGGGAGUCAAUGUAUUGUUCAUCCACCUGUUUAACUUAUCUAAUGUACUCCGUCAGACUGAUAUAAACAUUUUAACCAAA